GCAACAAACGAAGAAAGACCCGAGGAAGAAGAAUCCUGGUCACGUGACUACUUGUGGAUCAGGAAGUGCGGUGUCAGAUUCACGGUUUGAUCAAAACAAAUCAAGGCUUGCUUAUUGGGGAGCUCAGAAUUAUCUUUUCCCUGAUCAACUGGAAUCAUAAACGUGAAGACAUGGAUGAAACGCUUUUCCAGCUAAAGUUCACCUCUAAGCAGCUUGAGAGACUGGCCAAAAAGGCAGAGAAGGAGUCUGAAAAGGAGCAGGCCAAGGUCAAGAAGGCUCUGCAACAGAAAAAUGUGGAAUGUGCCAGAGUUUAUGCUGAGAACUCCAUCCGGAAAAAAAAUGAGGGUCUGAACUGGCUGCGCAUGGCGUCUCGAGUCGACGCGGUGGCCUCUAAAGUCCAGACUGCUGUCACGAUGAAGGGAGUGACCAAAAACAUGGGCCAGGUGACCAAGGCCCUGGACAAAGCUCUGAACUCCAUGGACCUCCAAAAGGUCUCUGCUGUCAUGGAUAAGUUUGAAACCCAAGUCCAGAACCUCGAUGUGCACACCUCAGUGAUGGAGGACUCCAUGAGCUCUGCAAUGACACUGACCACGCCUCAGGAGCAGGUGGAUGACCUGAUCCACCAAAUAGCAGAUGAGAGCGGCCUGGAGGUGAUGGACCAGCUCAGCCAGUUGCCUGCAGGAGCUACUUCAGUGGGCGCAGAGAGCUCACGCAACCAGGAGAAGGAAGACCAGCUUUCUAGACGGUUGGCUGCCCUGCGGAACUGAGAGCUCCUCCAGGAGAGGUGAUGGAGCUUACAUCUGCAUGGAAGCAGACGAGCUGGAUGACGGCGACAGGAGCUGCGUGUGUUUCUAUUGAACUGUUCCUACCGGGAGGACUUAAUGAGCCUAUUGAUUACCAUCCCCCUGCUCUAUAAAUAUACACACACACACACACAUACACACACCGGCUAGAAAUAUCUCUUGAGAAGGCCACAAAUCUCUCUCUGGUUCACCUUCCCACUUCGAUCCAUCUCUACUCCCGUUUCUAUCCUCCCCUCUAAUUCCCUGUUGUAUCUCAUUUUACCUUUUUGGUUUUUUUCUUCCAUUUCUCCACCACCGUCUCCUCUUUCUGUGGCUAUACCCUCCAGAUCUCUGAUCACAUGCUCCUUGGAUGUAGUCUUUGUACAAAAAGAAACACAUUUUACAAACUGUAUAAUGAUGAAAAUGAAAAAGUUAAGUUUUAAUACGCAGUUAUAGUUAUUAUAAGGGAGUUGGGCAUCCCUGGCUCUUACUAUGGGCAGGGUGGGAUAAAGACGUAUGUUUUUAAUUUUUUCGGGCUCUUGUGUGUUAUGGGUCAGAAAUGGACGAUUCUGUUUGGAGGAAGGAGCCAGAUACAUUUGAUGGGAAACAAAUGUCAAUUUUUACACACCAUCGUGUGACAAUUGUCAAUUUCUUUGAGUUCAAAAUAGACAGUGACACUAACAGACACAGUCUCCUUCCCUCAUCAGAUUCAUCCAGGUUACAUCCUCUUCAUGACAUCAAUACAACGCUGUAUACAACGAAGGACAAUCCUCAACUUUUUGUUUCUCAGUGUCAAAAUGAAUUGUUUGUUUUAUUUACUGUUUUGUUGUUGAUUAUUAUUCAUGCCUGUAUUCAGAAUUCUUGCUUUGAACGCCUUAUUCGGGAUGCAGGUGCUUGCAUAGGUGCUUCCCCCACCAGUGCCUGAAGAACAGUAGUUUAGAGAGCGAACAGCCACAAACCGAAGCUGAACUCCACAGACAUUAGUCAGAACAAGGAAUUUUCCGUUCCUCCCCCUGCCAGACGAGACUCAAAUGUUUUUGUCACUGUCUUGCCAACCACACUUCAGCGCUGACUUUGAGUACCAGCUCUGGUUGUCGUAGCGGUCAUAGGUGGGCAUUUGUUACCUUGUUGUUGCCUGAUCUCUUUUUGGUUUUGGGUUUUAAUUUUAAGGUGUAGAAGCUCUCCCAAGCAACAUUUGAAGCCUCACUCAGAUUUUUUUUUAGAAGCUUCUCUGGGUCAAAAUAAGACAUCAUCAUAUUCACCAGUCUCAGUCACAUUCUGAAUAAUUUCAGUAGUAAAGAGCAUGGAUGUACAUGCUAGAAUUUUUCUUAACAAAUUGACAAGAAUCACUUGCUACUCUUAAUAUAUCUUGUAAGGUUUGGCAAACGCAGGAGUUGUGCUGGAAGAUGGUUCACAUCAAGAGAAGGUGAUAUUUAAAGACAAUAUUAAAAUGUCCAAUGUAAUUGAAAGAAUGUUGUUGUUUUUUUAAGUAAGAAGAUCUUUUUCACAUCUUUCUUUUGGAGCCCUACAUUCACUUGCCUGUUGAGUGGUUUGACUGGUUUUGAUGUUUCCUUCUUUAAUGGUUCGGUGUAGAAAGAAGGCAGGCAGAGAAGCCAGACCUCAGCCUCCGACAGAGCAGCGUCACCCUCGUGGAUGUUUCCAUUUUUUUGUCCAUUUUAACACAGGGCGGGUUUAUUUAUACUUAAGCUUCCGCAGACUUUGCAGCACUUUUUGUUUUGUAUAUUUAUCUUGUGAAAAUAAAAUCGUGCCCUCUGAUGCAGUC